AAGAACGAGGGUCACGUCACCGUCAGCUGACCGCGGCCGAACCUCGGCACAUCGAAAAACCAUCAACACAACAGGAAGCUCCGGACCCACAACAUGUCGCUGCCUGUUUUUAACAAGUUCCUGCAGCUAAUUCAAAAUAAGAUAAGAUAAGAAAAGACAAGUCAAAUAAGAUAAGUUAAGAAAAGUUAAGAUAAGAUAAGUCAAGACAAGAUAAGAUAAGAAAAGACAAGUCAAAAUAAGAUAAGAUAAGAUAAGAUAAGUUAAGUUAAGUUAAGUUAAGAUAAGGGGAAAUCUGAUGUGUUACAGCAGAAAAGGGGAAAGUAAUGAAUAAGUGAACAUGUAAAAUGAACCUGAAUCUAAAAUGAGGAGAAUUCUUUGGUUUAUUUUCCGGAUGACUCCGUUUCUUCUUGUCACUGACACAUGAGGAGCUGUAGUAACCUGUGACACCAGCAGAGGACGCUGUCAGCUCCUCGUGCCACAGACAGAGCUUCAGAGGAGCCAGUCCAGUGUCCAGAGAGACGAGGAGGACGGAGGAUCUGUUCCAGGAUCAUUUACAGCUUCUGGAGGAUCUGGAUCUUCUGGAGGAUCAUGUCUCGCAGGAGGAUGGAAACCAAACCAGUGAUUUUAUGUGUGAAGACGCUGCUGCUGCUCUACUCCUUCGUCUUCUGGGUGACAGGUGUGGUGCUGCUGGCGCUGGGGUUAUGGUGGAAGUUCAUGUUGGGCCCCUACACGUUACUGAUCUCCAGAGGCCCCUCCCACACUCCCUACGUCCUCGCCGGCACUGGCGCUGCCAUCGUGCUGUUCGGCCUGUUCGGCUGCUUCGCCACCUGCAGGGGGCGCCCCUGGAUGUUGAAACUGUACGCUGUGUUCCUGUGUCUGGUCUUCAUGACGGAACUCAUCGCUGGAAUCUCUGGAUUCAUCUUUCGUCACGAGAUCAAAGGGACGUUCCUCACCACGUACAGCGACGCAGUGAGGAACUACGACGGACGAGACGACAGGAGUCUGGCUGUGGACGGUGUCCAACGUAGAUUACAUUGCUGUGGCGUGUAUAACUACACCACCUGGUUCAGCAGUGUGUAUUUCCCUGUCAGUGGGAUCCCUGCCAGCUGCUGUGUUAGUUUCUCUGACUGCAGCGGAGACGACCUGAAGAACGCAACGCUGGCCUCAGGGAAAGUCUACAACCAGGGCUGUUACGAGCUGGUGACCUCGUUCAUCGAGAGCAACUUGGGAAUCAUCGCAGGAGUCACGUUCGGAGUCGCCUUCUCUCAGUUGCUUGGGGUGUCUCUGGCCUGUUGUCUGUCUCGAUUCAUCAACGCCAACCAGUACGAGAUGGUUUAACAGUGAAACGACAGUUUUGUCACCACGGAGACCUGAGGGAACACACACCACUUCCUGGAAGCUGAUUGGUCGUCUGUGGCCCUUUGUGUGAUGUGGAAGUUCAGGUUGAGAAAUAAUCAAUAAUCAAUAUUAACUGUAGAGUGAAGAGCUGGUGCCACCAGGUGGCGCCAACCUGAACCCUGUCCUGUACUUUGGAACCAGAACAACAGUGAACUGUGAAGUCGUCAUUUCCUGUGUCAUGGUUUGUGUCUGCGAGGGGCCCGAUGUGCACCUGGACCCCCGGAAACGUCUCCACAGCCCUGCUGCUUGAUGUCUCAUUUACCUUUAUUAACAUCGUUGUUUAUUUAUAUUUUAUUUACAUGGUUAUUUCUCUGUUGUGAAAUAAAAGGCAAUGUGAUGAUGACACUUUGUGAAGCGAAUGAAAAUAAACACGGAAACAAGCGGAUGAAAGUUUUUUCAUUUUAAUGAGCAGUGAUGAAGGUAUAAGAUUUAUAAUGUAUAAUAUGUUUGAGUUUCUUUUUUCAAUUUGGCCAUUUUAACAUGAAAUAAAUGUGAAAUGUGUAUUUUUAAACUUUAUUAGUGUUACAAGCUUGAGGUUGUGUGGACCUCUCUCUCUCUCUCUCUCUCGCUCUCUCUCUCUCUCUCUCUCUCUCUCUCUCUCUCUCUCUCUCUCUCUCGCUCUCUGCUGUGAUGAUUGUGUGAUGUGUUUCAGGUGUCUAUUCGAGUGGAUGAGUGGGUGGAUGUGUUUACAGGGAGCGGAUUGGUUCCAGCCCGAGGAUGGAGGUGGAUCGUAUUUCCAGGAUAAGAGGACGGUUCCCAAAGCUCCAGCGGUUCUCUCUCCUCGGGCCAGUGCCAGCAGCACCUCCCGCCGGACUCAACCUAUGCAGCCCUUUGUAAAUUGUUCUUUUGGUAACAGCCCGUUCUUGGUGGGGGGGUAGCAUUUCCGUUCGAACCAUGUUGUAUCCUGUUUUGUUGGUGAGGAGUUAGGUCAGUAUGAUGUCUUUUGUUUUCUUUAAUUUUGAGUAGGGAAGAUUAGGUGGUUUUCUGUUUGUUAUUUUGCUGUAAUCCCACCCUGAAGCAAAUGUGUCAAUAAAUACCAACGGGCUGUUAA